AUGUUUCGUUCUUUUGAAAGGAGAUCUUCGCGCUUCGUGAUGAAGUAUCGCAACUGGUACCUUUCGAUGAACGGUUGCAGUUUUCGUUGCGGCGGCACUAGUAUUCUUGAAUGGGCGAGGACUGAGGCCGAUGCACCUGCCGGUUUCGAACGGCAGCGGGGGGGGCGGGCAGGCGGCCUCCCCCUUUGGUCGCGGAGGAGGGAAUUCCGGAAGAGACACGGCUGCCGCAGGGGGGGGGGAGCUCGUGUUUGGCCGCUGAGGCGAACGGGCGAAACUCGCCCCGAACCUCCGGGGCGAGAAGAGCGUUCCUCUUCCGCUUGUAUGGCCUUAGCCGCUAGUGUCCUCUUGAUCCUGUUUCUCUUUAAUUUAGACUCAAUCCUUGAUAGUUUUGGUCCAUCUAGCCCGCGUUCCAAGGCGGCACAGCAGCACGGAGGGGAUAGCGCCUCGGGGCUGAACUCCAAUCCGCCCCCCACGUACUAUCCGGCGAACAAAAGGGAGCAAGCCCCGCUCCUAGUUGGCAUGGAUCGCACCCGGCGGUACAGCCUGCAGUUCAAUUCUGAAUUUUUCUUCUUUGUCUUUGAUCCUUUUGAAAUGAAGGGAGCAACUCCUUCCGAUCUCACAACUAUGCAGCUUGGCAGGCUGAGCUCUCAACUGCCCGGCAGCGGUUUGUCAACGGUUUUUCCCUUUUCGUCGCGGUCGCUUUCUCUCUUGACCUCCGGCGCAGCGACACUCUAUCUGUAUACGACACGAACGAUCUUCCAUUCCGUCCGCAUGGCUUUGCUUCGUAUACAUUUGAAUGUGAGCUCAUCGUUUUCUUCCUCAUCCGGUCGGGCGUUUCCCUUCGGCUUGUUCGACGCUGUGUCCGGUCUUUUCGUUGAUCGGGACAUGUACCUCAGAGGAGUGGAUCUGAGAGACAUUCCGAAAACAAACUUCCAAGGAUCGUCUCUUGCCUCGAAGCUACCAGUUGCCAAAGGCCUUUCCCUACCCUCUGGGUCAGCCGACACGACGUGGUGCACGUAUACAGCGUCGCUGCAGCUCAAUUUUGAGCCGGGGCUGGGGAAAUCGGCGCGGGAGGUGGAUGAGGCUUCGGUGGCGGAGCUGUCUCAGCGGGCGGCACAAAACAGCGACGCGGGGGCCAGUCUCGCUACGGGCUUUUCCGGACACUGGCGUCGUCUCUACGCCCCAGGGAAUUCCGCAGUAGCAGAGUCUGCGACUGCUGCCUCAAGGGCUUCACCAUCCCACCCCGCGGAUCAACGCUCGGAAGCUCCCGCAAGCUCGGACGUCGUUGCAUCAUCCGCGGCUAGCGGGCGGCGUUUGCCUGGAGAGCCUUCCUCUGAGUUUCGCUCUGCCCAGAAAGACAAGCCACCCGCGGAUGUGACAGAGCCGGAGAUCUCCUUGACGGGGGAAGACGCUGCGGGUGGUGAAUCGGCUCGUGGCGGGAGUGAGAUCCAGGGAGAUCUCGUCGGCGAGUUGGUCUCGUCCGACUGCGGCUUCUACGUCUUUUUCCGAGCGUGGGAAGUCGACUAUGUCGCGUUGGCGAGCCACAUCACGUCGCUAACUCUCAUUUUCAAUGUCAAAACCCUGGUGGAAAUGCGGCUCUUUUGGAAGCAGAUGCAGUACACAGAAGGCAUUGGCGGUAUCGGGAGUGCCUCGUCCCAGGCGCUGCUCCAGCGGGUCUCCAUCCUCGGGCUUGCGUGGCAAGCGGCACUUGACGUCUUCGAGGUCGUCGCCGUUUUCCGCGUAGCGAUGCACCUUCAACUGAUGGUAGCAUAUUUCUGCAUUCUUAUCAUGUUCAAGUCUGUUCUGUUCGGGGCCUUGGAGGUGCGCUAUCUCCUCAUGGUCUGGAACGCUCGGCACCAGGGCAAUCCGCAGGAGCUAGACAGCAUGGGGCGCGCACUGACGCAUUUUUAUCGGAAUUUCUACGGCUCCCUGGCCUUUCUCGUGCUCUUCCUCUACUAUAUCUUCCCUGCCUUUCCGCCGAUCUGCGUCGUCCUCUAUUUCGUUUGGUUGCCGCAAAUUGCCUGGGACGUGUGGAAGGGUCAGAGGAAUUCCAUGGAUCUGCAGUUCAUAGUAGGCCUGUCUAUCUGCCGCCUUGUAUUCCCUGCUUACCUCUUCGGCUGCCCUGCCAGCCUCUUUCGGGACGCGUUUCUUGGCGUCCAACUCCCCAACUACCCGGUUCUCGUCCUCAUUGCCGUGAUUUUGGCUCUCCAGGUUUUCCUCAUGCUGGCGCAACGGCGAUUUGGAUCUCGAUUCUUCGUUCCCCUGGAUCGUCUUCCGCACGUGUACAACUACCAUCGGCCUUUGCCAUCUUCUUUAGCGAACGACACGGAAGGUGGUUUGCCGGAAUGCGCGAUCUGCAUGAACACAAUUAACCUAAAGGGCAGGUGUCUUGCCUCCUUUUCCGUGAGCGGAUUGAAGAAGCUCCGAGGAGGCUCGGAAGCGGUGCUGGUGGAGAGCAUGGGGGUCGGUGUCUGUUCUGCCGAGCCAUGGGGUGUUCUCUGA